AAAUUCUAGAAAUUGCUAAGACUGAAGAUACUGAAAAAACUUUGCAAAAUAAAAUUGAUGAAGCAUUUGCAAAAAUGAAUGAAACUUUGAAAGAACAAGUAAACGAGAUAUUAAAAGAACCACUAGAUAAAAUUAAUAAAUUAAUUGAGUUGACUGAAAAAGAGUCAAAGGAAUAA